AUGCUGUUUUUCAGAAACACAGUGACAGAUUCGACAACUAGUUUGCAUAACAAUGAUGAAAGUAUUUCACAUUAUGACAAUGAUGUUAAUGGAGAUAGAAAAACAAUGUUGAGAAUGGAAAAAAAGGAAAACGAUGAAUGUGGAAUAGGUUCAGAUGAGGGUAUGUAACUAUAUGAUUUUGACAUAUUGAUACGGGGACUAGCUAACAGUCGUGGGUAGAAUGUCGUGGGUCGUGGGUAGAAUGCCGUGGGUCGUGGGUAAAAAGUCGUGGGUCGUGGGUAAAGAGUCGUGGGUCGUGGGUAAAAAGUCGUGGGUCCCGAAUAAAAAGUCGUGGGUCCCGAGAAAAAAGUCGUAGGUUCCGAGAAAAAAGUCGUGGGUCCCGAGAAAAAAGUCGUGGGUCCCGAAUAAGAAGUCGUGGGUCCUGAGAAAAUGCCGUCGGUUCCAAGCAAAGUAUUUCCAUAUAUUUAGCUUUCUCCCUUUGGAAUGCGUGUUUUUUCUUCUUCUGAGGCUUUCCCAAAUAUAUGUAGUCUUAGAGCGCGUUAAGGCCGGGUUUUUUAUAUCGGGCAGAUCGGUUUAUAAAUAUUAUAACCAAGUGUGACAGUGUUAAUGCAAUGCAAUGUCUGUUUUACUAGAAAAAAAAUAAAAAAAGCAUUUGAGAGAUUUCACUUAAGUACAUAUUUAGUAUCUAACCAUGUUGCAGUAGUGAAUCUAGUGUCAAAUUUAUUAUGUGGUUUGUAAUUUCUAAUGUCAAACAUAAGUUACAAAUAUACAGUCACAUGCAGUAUUUGUAACAUUUAUCUGUCUAUAAGAUUAUAACGUCCAAAUAUUUGAGCUAUAUGGGGUUUAAAGUUGAACUGUUUCGUGACUUUCGUCCACACUUGAUUAUAAUAUUUAUAAACCAAUCUGCCGAUAUCAAAAACCCGGCCUUAACGCGCUCCAAGACUAUGUAUAUUUGGGAAAGCCUCAGAAAAAAAAAACACGCAUUCCAAAGGGAGAAAGGUAAAUAUAUGGAAAUAUUUUGCUUGGAACCCACGGCAUUUUCUCAGGACCCACGACUUCUUAUUCGGGACCCACGACUUCUUUCUCGGGACCCACGACUUUUUAUUCGGAAACCCACGACUUUUUACCCACGACCAACGACUUUUUACCCACGACCCACGAUUUUUUACCCACAACUUUUUACCCACGACCCACGACAUUCUACCCACGACCCACGACUGUUAGCUAGUCCCAUCGAUACGUGCAUGGUGUCGGCUCAGAAUUUUUGCACGUGACUUGUUUCUUUUAUAUAUUGUUGCUUAAUUGGUACAAUUUCAUUUCUUAUAAUAUUAAUAUUUUAGUUAAUCCUUUAAUUAAUGGUUUUAGAUAUGUAUUUAUAAUAUAGCAUUUGUAAAUUCUGGACACUGAUUGGCCAAGAGCCGUGUUGACAUAACUCAAUGUCAACACAAAAAAUUUCGCGCCUCUUUUUAAAUUGAAAAGCGUAUUCCCAAAAUUUGUGCUAUAUUAUAAAAAAAUAUGAAAACAUUUUUUGGUAUUGAUAUACAGUUAGCUACAUCAACACCCGGGCGUCGUGCUUCCACACAAUUUCUACUCGUGUUGAUAUAACUGUAUCUCAACAUGCAACGCGGAAAUUAAAUGUUUUAUAUUUUGUUAACUAUUGACUAUUGUAUUUGUCUUUAACAUCUAUCGGCUACCUGUAAAACAUGGAACGGAGAAUCCCGGAAUGAAAUGGGGAAUGGAAUGACCCGGAAUUGUAAAAGCCGGAAUCUGUAAAACCCGGAAUUGUAAAAGCCGGUAUCUGUAAAACCCGGAAUUGUAAAAGCCGGAAUCUGUAAAACCCGGAAUUGUAAAAGCCGGAAUCUGUAAAACAUGGAAUCUGUAAAACAUGGAAUCUGUAAAACAUGGAAUCUGUAAAACAUGGAAUCUGUGAAACAUGGAAUCUGUAAAACCCGGAAUCUGUAAAACCCGGAAUCUGUAAAACCCGGAAUCUGUAAAACCCGGAAUCUGUAAAACCCGGAAUCUGUAAAACAUGGAAUUGUAAAAGCCGGAAUCUGUAAAACAUGGAGUGUAAAAGCCGGAAUCUGUAAAACAUGGCAUUGUAAAAGCCUGAAUCUGUAAAACCCGGAAUUGUAAAAGCCGGAAUAACAAAUCCGACAAGUUGAUUGGUCAAUAAUUAUUAAUUUAAUUAUGUCAAGUUUUGGCGGGAUUUUCGAUCUCCUCGUGUCUGAGCCUUAUUAAUUAACAACCUCAAGCACAGGCGGCCCAAUCUUACCCGGUGUUAUUAAUUACGUUAUAUCUUUAUAUAAAUAGUAUAUUGAAAAUCAUUAGAAAAUCCUGUGUUAUUAAUUUAUUACGUUAUAUCUUUAUAUAACAGUCUAAUGAAAAGCACUUACCGGUGUUUCUUGAAAGAUUUUAACGAGAACCGGCCAAGAUUGGCGUUGACAAGAGGUUAACGGCCAUAGUUGGAGUUGACAUGAGGAUUAACAGCAAGAAAUAAUACAAGGCUGGUCACUUUGACCGUUAAUUGGACUAAUUGGGACAAACGCUGACAGAAAUCAAUCGAAUAACGCCAACUUCGGCUGUCGCAUCCUCGCUAAAUUACGUUACAUCGGAAGAGCGAUAAUUUUUACAUAAUAUACUUUUCUUUCAGAAUUUAACAAUAGUCUUCCUGCAGAAAAUGCCAAUUGAAACUUACAAAUGUCUAAUCUUCCCCGGUUCGUCACCGAUCUGAAUUCAUAUUAUAUAAUAACUACAGUGAAACACGCAAUUUGAAUGGUCAAUAGCCGUGCAGGAUCAGGCUAUCCUGCACGAGGAAUUAAAAUGCCUUCGCGGGAUUUUCGCGGGAUUCUCAAAAUGUCAUUGUUUCACUGUAGUUAUUUUAUAAAACAAUUACCAAAUGGUUUUCCAAGCAGGAUAGCGUGAUCCAUGCACUUGGGACGUUGCUCGACUUUCGGAAAGCGUAAAAAUACACUCGCCUGCGGCUCGAGUAUUUUUACGCUUUCCGAAAGUCUCGCGACAUCCCUCGUGCAUGGAUCACGCAAUCCUGCACGAAAAACCAUUCGGUAUCCUUUAAUAAAAGGUAAUAGAAUAAUAAUUAGGUAAUUAGAAACGGUUUAAUAAGGUAAUAAUAAUCAUCAUAAUAAGGUGAUUAGAAAGUUUAAUGCAACAUCAACAUAUGACUUUUAUUCGACUAUAUCUGUGCGAAUAUUACAGGUACAAUAAUUUUACGUAUAUUGCCAGAUAGCUGAUGCAUUCAGCUACAUUUUGAUACGAGCUAUAAUAUUGUAGCUAGAAUAUUGAGCGAGAAUUCGUUGCCUAAACGAGGGUGUAAAAAUUGCCGUCUGAAUACACUUUCUAUAGUCGGAAUAUAUGUGUGGUUUUAGGCACGAGAUUCAACCGCUUAUAUUAAUUCGAAAUUUAACGACAUACACCCCUACCGCGGAUGGUUUGAAAGCUUGUGAAAAUGCCUACAUUUUAGUUGGAUUUAUAGUCAGGUUAGUUGAAAAUUCGCCGAGAAAAUGUUCGCAACAAACUGUUGUUCUGCCACGGAAAUUCAAAAAUUAGUCUAUUACAUUUUCAAAAUCUCGCCUUGCUGCGCAUAUAAACACACGCAUUUGGAGCUUUCAAAAUAUAUAGUCAUAAACCUUUAAAGACACAGGUGGAACGAAAACUUAUUAAAAUUGAAACGGCCUAUUUUGAAAAUAAUGAUUUUCUUGAAAAUCCGCCAUUGUCCAUUGAUUUUCCGUCCUCGUUUCACCGUACAUCAAAAUCGAGCUUCAAAUCAACAGUAAUCAGUAUUGAUAAAUAAUAUUCACUAUAAAAACUAACUUUCACUGUUUUUCCUCGAGAAUACUAAUAGAAUAUCAGCCUUGCACAAAAUCCGAUUUCUUGAGGUUGUUUAUUAUAUUAAUAAGGCUCUGACACGAGGAGACCAAAAAUCCCGCCAAAACCUGACAUAAUUAAAUUAAUUAACAAUUAUUGACCAAUCAACUUGUAGGGUUUGUUAUUCCGGCUUUUACAAUUCCGGCUUUUACAGAUUCCGGCUUUUACAAUUCCAUGUGUUACAGAUUCCGGCUUUUACAAUUCCGGGUUUUACAGAUUCCAGCUUUUACAAUUCCGGGUCAUCCCAUUCCCGGUUCCAUUCCAUUCCCCAUUCCAUUCCGGGAUUCCCCGUUCCGUGUUUUGCAGGUAGCCGCCACUGUGUUAUCGUCGUCAUUCGGGAAAAAUUUAACAUUGUGAAUGCAACUUUUGACAGCAGUCAUAAAAAUCUCUUUUGCGCUAAUACAUGUACCCUUAGUGUCGUCUACAUGUUUCUUUACACAGAUAUUCCCGGGAUUAUACAGAGAAAGCUAUAGAAAUAGUUGUUAAAAAACAUGUCUCUUGAAUACUUUUAGCGAACGUAUAGCCUACAGAUUAUUUGUUUCAGUGUACGAAACGGUUAUAGUAAAUAAAAAUUUCAAUUAUUUUCAUUUUAAGAGACCCGCGAGGAUGUGGCCUGCGAUUCUGUCCAGGCAACAGUAACAGCAACAAAAGUAGAGGGACCAGAGACAAAAGAUAUUCAACCACUUGAAAAUAGUAAGAAAAUGUAUCUUAAAUUAUCGUAUUUCUAUAAUACCUUCCUUCCAUAG